UUUCAAUAAUUAUUAUUGUGUUUGUGAUUUUGUGGAUAAAUUUGUUGAAAAAGAUCAUAUAUUAUAAUGAGCCAAAGGAGUUUUACUGGAGAUCAAAACAAGGCAACAGUAGUUGCAAUAGAUAAAGAUAAAGGAAGCCAAUAUGCAUUAAAAUGGGCUGUUGAUACUUUAAUUGGAAAAGGCAAAAGUGUUACUCUUCUUCAUGUUAAAGUUAGACCUUCUGUUUCCCUUCCUAAUGCAGAUGUGAGUGAUGGAACUCCCAGAGUAUAUAGAAGUGAUCCUGAUACUCAAGCAAAGGAGUUGUUCUUACCUUUCCGAUGCUUCUGCAACCGUAAGAAUAUUCAAGUCAAUGAAGUUGUAAUUGAAGGCAUAGACAUAGCGACCUCCAUAAGUGACUAUGUUACAGCCAAUGUCAUAGAGAAUCUGGUGGUGGGCGCUGCAUCAAGGAACGGUUUUGUUAGCAGAUUCAAGACGAUGGAUGUCCCAACUGCGGUGUCCAAAGUCAUACCUGGCUUUUGCACAGUUUAUGUGAUCGCCAAAGGCAAAGUUCAAUCGACAAAGAAUGCAUCUUCUCCAGUUCCCAGUUCACCAACUCCCGUGCAGCAGAAUCAUUCCACCUCAUCUCUAGGUGCUAAGCUUGGCUUCGCUGAUACACGUUAUGCACAAAUCAGCAGCGACACAAAAGGUCUGUUUUUCCACCUGCAGCAUAUUGCGUUAAUUUCUGUCAUAAAGCAAUUGAACACUGUUAGAACAGGUUUAACCUGUCCUAUUUCAACAGGAAGUGUGACUGAUAUUAGGUCACCAUACGCAUCACGAAGCUCAGCUGACGAUUUAGAUAGCAUCAAGUCCCCAUUCAACAGAGGUAAAGGGAUAAACAGAUCAUAUGGAGACCUCUCAGUGGCAGAAUCUGAUUUAUCAUUUGUGAGCUCUGGUCGUCCAAGCUCUACAUUUCCAAUCUCUAUGGACAGCAGUCACGAUUUGGGUCUUCCCCCUCGGCUUUCAAACAGCUCAGACACAGAUGCUAAAUAUUCUGCUCCGCGACUUUCAAACGGCUCAGAAACAGAGAGCAGAUUAAGCUUUGGAUCAUCAUUCUCAGCAACCAGGUUAUCUGAAGCUAAUGGCUUCUCAUCAAAUUCUUUUGAUAGUGGCAAUGGAUCAUGGUCUUCACCCAGCAACAUGGAAGACAUAGAAGCAGAGAUGAGAAGACUCAAGCAGGAACUCAAGCAGACCAUGGACAUGUACAGUUCAGCAUGCAAGGAAGCACUUUCAGCAAAACAUAAGGCAAUGGAACUUCACCGGUGGAAAGUAGAAGAAGAACAAAAAUUAGAAGAGGCACGACUAGCAGAGGAAGCAGCACUGGCUGUUGCAGAGAAAGAAAAAGCAAAGUGCAGGGCAGCCCUUGAAGCAGCCGAAGAAGCACAGAGGAUCGCCGAACGAGAGGCACAGAGAAGAAUCAGUGCAGAAAGGAAGGCACUCAAGGAAUCUGAAGAGAAGAAGAAGGUACUGGAUGCCCUUGCACAGAGUGAUUGCCGUUAUCGUAAGUACACAAUAGAGGAGAUUGAAACAGCAACAGAUAACUUUGCAGCAACUCGUAAAAUUGGAGAAGGUGGAUACGGGCCGGUAUACAAGUGUUACUUGGAUCACACACAGGUUGCGAUUAAGGUUCUCCGUCCAGAUGCUGCUCAGGGAAGGUCACAAUUUCAGCAAGAGGUUGAAGUUCUAAGCUGCAUAAGGCAUCCAAACAUGGUUCUUCUACUUGGAGCCUGCCCUGAAUUUGGCUGCCUAGUGUAUGAGUACAUGGCCAAUGGGAGCUUAGAUGAUCGCCUCUUCCGAAGAGGAAGCACUCAAGUUCUUCCUUGGCAACUAAGAUUUCGUAUAGCUGCAGAGGUCGGAACUAGCCUCCUUUUCCUUCACCAGACCAAGCCAGAACCUCUAGUGCACCGGGAUCUUAAACCUGGCAACAUUUUGCUUGACCGCAAUUAUGUAAGUAAGAUCAGCGAUGUUGGUUUAGCUAGGCUCGUCCCCCCUUCUAUAGCUGACUCCGUGACACAGUACCGAAUGACAUCAACAGCGGGAACAUUUUGUUAUAUAGAUCCUGAAUAUCAGCAAACUGGGAUGUUGGGAACAAAAUCUGAUAUAUACUCAUUUGGAAUAAUGCUUCUCCAAAUAAUUACAGCCAGACCUCCAAUGGGUUUGACCCACCAUGUUGAGAGGGCAAUUGAGAAAGGCACUUUUGCUGAUAUGCUUGAUCCAGCAGUUCCUGACUGGCCUAUGGAAGAGGCUUUGACGUUUGCCAAGUUAGCACUCAAGUGUGCAGAACUCAGGCGUAAAGAUCGACCAGAUCUUGGCACUGUAAUUUUGCCUGAACUUAACAGAUUACGUGUACUUGCUGAAGAAGCAAUGCAACCAAUGCAUUUUGGAAGCAGCCCAAGAAGCCCAACUACUGAAAGUCGAUCUACCUCUCAAGUAAGUGAUAUAAGAACAUCUUUGUAAAACAAACUGAAAACAGUUUCAACUUCAAGAAAAUACCAUGUGAAUGCUGCAGAUGGAAGAAUGUCAGUGAUGUUGAUUGGCAUACCCACCAUGAAGAAGAACCUUCAAACACAUAACAAGUCAUGAUCUUUUGCAGGUAAUUUCAGGAUCAGAUAGCAAUAAAAGCCGCUCAAGCAACCCCUUUUCAUCAAGCACAAAAUCAAGUGGUGAAUAAGAAUAUGCAUAUAACAGAAAAAAGUUGGAGGAGCCAAGAUACUGUUGACACCAAAGAUACCACAAGCAGCUUCUUUAAUGUAGUUCAUCUUCUAGGUAGCUGAAGAUAGCUGGUUUCAUGCAGCUACAGUUACUUGUUAUUUAUCCUGCAAAAAGAAAAUGAUGCUUUAACUAAACUAUGUUCAUAAAAGUUGACAGACUUCUGAUACCAUGUUUCCUUUUGCUUUAUAAAAAAGUUUUUUUUUCCCUUUAA